AUGUCCUCAACACAACCUCCUCGCCUUCUUCCAUCAUUGCCCUUCUCCAUCAAGUUUGAAAUCUCCAAGGUCUUGCAGGGUGUGAGUCGUCUAGAGAGAGUGAAUGAACAAGCUUUGGUGAAAAUGUCCAAUUAUUUGCACACCACCUUGUUGUAUUGGUUGAUUCAUGGAUGUGGAAAAUAUGUAUUUCAAUUUAAACAACAACAACAACAUCGAGAGGAGUCUACCACAGAUCAAGAAAGUGUCUCUGUUGUGAAUGUUAAAACACUCAUUGAAGACUACUUGCGAGAUUUAAAACAAGAACAAAUCGAUUCCAAGAAGGGAAAUUUUCAUGAAGAUUUGGAAGAAGGCAAGGAAACUCCAACACAGAAGGAGAGUGAACCUAUUGUUGUGUUUGCCUCUCUGAACGAUUUCAUCCAUCAACUCACCUUGCAAUGCAUUACUCCAGAUUUGAAACUGCAUGCCCAAUCCGAAGCACUCAAAGCAACUUGCAAGAUGAAAAGCUUGUUAUUGGAAUCAUCCAAUGAUGAAGCUCUCAGCUCGAUUCACAAGACCCUUCAUUUGAGCUUUGCAGCAAAGAACGUGCAAUCCUUUCUGGAUUCAUACUUUGUUUUCAAUGAUCAGGCUUUUAAAGAGAAGGUCGAAGUGUUGGAAGUUCAUGCUGCAUUGACGGCCAUGUUGGAGUAUUUGAGUGCAGAGAUUAUGGAAUUGUCUUCCUCUCAUGCUCAGAGUUCAGUGGUUACUGAAGAAUUGAGUGUGGAGCAUUUGCAGAAAGGUGUCCUUAGUGAUCCUGCCUUGUUGGAUAUGCCAUACUCCAUCUUGUUGCUCUAA